AUGUCUGUUCAGAUAUUAUAUAUAUAUUUAUUUUUUAUAUCGGUGUCUACAUCAUCGCAGUUACCAUUUUCAUAUCUUAACGGUGGUGUACUUCGAACGCAGACAUCUCACGCAGUUACAUCUUCGGCGAACGAGCUACCGCCGCUUAAUGAUGAUGAUGACUUGAUGAUGGAUUCCGCCAGUCAGUACGCUUAG